UAUGUAUGAUUAUACAGUCCACAACAAAACCAUGUUUUGCGCAUAGUGUACGCAUGGCAAUGCCCCCUUGGUAUCUUGUUUGAUCAAUAUAUAAUAUAGAAAAAAUUUAUAUCAUGUUACUAACUAGAAGCAUAACAAGAAGUAGCAUUUUUAGAAUUCUAUCGCAUGAUUCGGUAUCGAAAGUUAUAAAUACUUGUUUAAUACAAGAGAUCAAUAUAAAAUAUCCAAAGAAUAUAGGUUAUCUUGUAUUGCAUUCUAAAAAGUAUUCAAAUAAAAGUAAUAAUGUAAAGACAUUCAAUUACAAAUUAAUAGCUUAUCUCAGCUCAAAUAGUAGUGUUGUAUUUCCAAUUACACAAGAAUUGACGCCUGUAGAAUUUGAGAGAAUUUCUGACGAAACACUUGAUUCUUUAACUGAAUAUUUUGAUGAAUUAAUAGAGCAAGCAGCACAUUUAUCAGAUGCAGAUGUGUCAUAUGGGGAUGGAGUAUUAACUGUCAAGUUUGGUAAUACUUAUGGCACUUAUGUCAUAAAUCGUCAGACUCCGAAUAAACAAAUUUGGCUAUCUUCUCCUAAGUCUGGUCCAAAGCGAUACGAUUUUAUAAAUGGUAGAUGGAUUUAUAAACAUGACGGAAAAACAUUACACGAACUACUUAACAGUGAAAUAGCAGCAAUCAUAAAGAAUCAAACAAACUUCGAUAAAUGUUCCUUUAGUGGAAAAGAAAGAGAAGCAACGACGACAGAUCUUUAAUUCCAUUUAUCGAUGUUCAAAGUUGUAAUAUCGAUUGAAAUGGCUGAAUAUCUUCAGUUGGAAAUGUACAACUUUACAAUCUAUGUAUAUAAAUAAUAAUAUAAAAUAGAUAUGACAUUGUAAUAUAUUUAUGUGAGUAUCUUUGUAAAAUAUUGACACAAAUAUUUGCAUGAUAGAAUGGCACAUUUAUAAGUUUGGUAUUUAUAUGCAUAUUUAUGUGCAAAAGAAGAAAUGUAAUCAAGAAUAGUUUACUUUAAAAUUUAAUAUAAUAAUAUAUACACGAUCGCUAUACGUUUUUAUGUAUAAAUUAUUUAUCGAGUAUGCUUUAUGUAAAUAAGUAAUAUUCAAGUUGAGUAUUAAUGAAUAUUAUUAUCUAAAAUUUGUCGUUAAUAAAUAUUUUUAUAUAUUUAUAUAUUUCUAAGAACGUUAUUAUCUACCAAAGAAUCGACGAAAAUGGAGAUUAUGGAAGAUGGCAAUUUAGUAGACCGCGUUAGAAUCUUAUUGCAACGGGACAUGCAAUAUUAUCAGGUAUUAUUAUUUUUAAUCAAUAGUUCUGAAUUUCUCGAAUAAUUUUCCACCAAGUUAAAGAACUUGUUUUGAAAACUUGAUAAGAAUACACUUUUUUUUUACUACAAAAUAAUAAAUAUAUAGUGAAUAAUAAGUAAAUUUGUAUAAUGGUUAUACGGAUUGUUAUUAAAAUAUGUUAAUAUUCUGUAUUGGUAUUUGAUAUUUGGAAUUUUUCUAAGUAUGGAAAAAGAUAAGAUUGCUGUACAUAUACAUGUAUAUUAGCUUGGAAACUAUCUUACAAUUAAAAUCGUAUGACAUGUGUAUGAUAUAUGUAUGUAUUUUCCCGAAGGGGAAUUCGAAAAAACAAAAAUAAGAAGAACAUCUAUACUGUACAUCUAUAUUGUUAGCAACAUUUACAAUAUAUACAUGUAUGUAUAUUA